AUGGGUGCCUGCUGCAGUAGCGAUAGCGGAGCUGAACCUGCUCCAAAGCUUGCGACUCCAGUCAUUGCACCACCUGAUCCGGCUCCAGCUCCAACACCGACACCAGCUCCAGCACCAGCGCCAGCUCCUGCCCCCGCUCCAACACCAGCUCCUGCUCCGACACCGGUGCCAGCUCCAGUUGCCGCGGUAGCACCCGUACCAGCGCCUGCUCCUGAACCAGCACCAGCGGCCAACAAUGCUCCGGCACCAUUUCGCGGAGGAGGUGCCUACAAAGGUUGGGCCCCGCCAUCAAAGGAGUGGGAUCAGUCCACAGCCAAGAAAUCGGAUGAGACUCGAGUUGAAGUACAGGAUGAGUGGGACGAGGAAGGGAAUCUAACUCGCACGACCACCACGAAGACCAUAACUCCAGAUAAGAAGGUCAAGAUAGAAGCGACAGUAGAGGAGAUUCCAGCGGAAGAGGCCAAGAAAUACAGAAACUAA